UCCGCUGGUUCCGUAACAACAUCCCGUUGGCCUCCCUCAGGUGGCGGGACUGGUGCAGCCGCCGCCGCCUCCCAGGAGCGCCCGCUCGCCCGGGCUCGCGCCCUCGCCGGCCCAGGCCGUCAUGGCCACCAACCCGCAGCCGCAGCCUCCGCCUCCCGCGCCGCCGCCUCCCCCGCCUCAGCCUCAGCCCCCGCCGCCGCCGCCCGGCCCCGGGGCUGGCCCCGGCGCGGGCGGGACGGGCGGCGCAGGGGCCGGCGCGGGGGACCCGCAACUCGUGGCCAUGAUCGUGAACCACCUCAAGAGCCAGGGGCUCUUCGACCAGUUCCGCAGGGACUGCCUGGCCGACGUGGACACUAAGCCUGCUUAUCAGAACCUGAGACAACGCGUUGACAACUUUGUUGCAAACCACUUAGCAACUCACACGUGGAGUCCCCACCUCAAUAAGAACCAGCUAAGAAACAAUAUUAGACAACAAGUACUCAAAUCAGGAAUGUUGGAGUCUGGUAUCGACCGAAUUAUUUCUCAGGUUGUAGACCCAAAGAUCAACCACACGUUCAGACCUCAGGUGGAGAAAGCUGUGCACGAGUUCUUGGCCACGCUGAAUCACAAGGAGGAAGCCAGUGGCAGCGCGGCCCCCGAGGAGGAGAAGCCAGACUCUUCCGUCAUCACGCAAGGCAUCCCUGCUCCUGGGCCCAGUGCGAACGUAGCCAACGAUGCCAUGUCAAUCUUGGAGACCAUAACUUCUCUUAACCAAGAGGCUACUGCUGCCAGGGCUUCGACAGAGGCAUCCAACGCUAAGACCAGUGAGAGAACAUCCAAAAAACCCCCGUCUCAGCCCAGCGCCGACACCAGCGCUGAGAAGGAGAGAGCUUCCGAGGACAUGGCUGACAAAGACAAGGCCGCGCCGGACCCCGCGGGGGAAGGACAGGAAGCAGCCCCCAAGUCUGAGGAACCUAGCGAGCUCCCUUGUCCGGUAGAAGAAGUUAAAAAUCACACAAAAGAGAGCAAUAGUUCUGUUCUGCUAAAUAAAGACGUUCCACAGGAAAGCAGUGACCAAAAAAAUAAACCAGACAAAGGUGAAAAGAAACCAGACAGCAGUGAAAAAGGAGAAAGGAAGAAAGAAAAGAAGGAAAAGAGUGAAAAGAAAUUUGAUCACUCAAAAAGGAAUGAAGAUACACAAAAAGUCAAAGAUGAAAAACAAGCGAAGGAUAAAGAAGCAGAGUGUACAAAAGCUCCUUCAGAAAAGAACGGUAACAAAGCUAAAACCGUUGAAGGGACAAAAGAAGAUUGCUCUGUGAUAGAUUCUGAUGUGGAUGGUCUCACAGACAUUACAGUUAGCUCUGUCCACACCAGUGACCUCUCAUCUUUUGAAGAAGACACUGAGGAAGAGGUUGUAAUGUCUGAUAGCAUGGAAGAAGGAGAGAUUACAUCAGACGAUGAAGAGAAGAACAAACAGAAUAAAACAAAAACUCAGACCUGUGAACCCAGUGAAGGAAAAGCGAAAGGUGGACGACAGGCGUACGUUCACAAACCAUUCCUUUACUCAAAGUAUUACAGUGAUUCUGACGACGAACUCACUGUAGAACAACGGCGACAGUCGAUCGCUAAAGAAAAAGAAGAGAGGCUUUUAAGAAGGCAAAUUAAUAGAGAAAAACUUGAAGAAAAACGAAAACAGAAAGCAGAAAAGACAAAGACAUCGAAAGCUAAGAGCCAAGGCAAAAAUAGUAUGGACGUAGAAGAACCAUCAACAAAGAGUUUGGAACCUAAAGCCCCCAGAAUUAAAGAAGUCCUUAAAGAACGGAAAGUUUUAGAAAAAAAAGUAGCCUUAAGCAAAAAAAGAAAAAAAGAUUCAAAGAAUGUUGAAGAGAGUUCUAAAAAGAAGCAGCAAGCUGAAGAAGAUUCCAAAGAAACCCUCAAAACCAGUGAGCAUUGUGAAAAGGAAAAGGUGUCUUCUUCAAAGGAUUUGAAACAUGUUCAUACAAAAAGUGAAGCAAGUAGACCUACCCGGAGACUCUCCGAGUGUUUGCAUUCAGCUGAUGAGAACAAAAAUGAAUCCAAACUAGAAAGAGAACAUAAAAGGCGGACAUCUACCCCCAUUGUGGUGGAGGGGGCACAGGAAGAGACUGACACGCGAGAUGGGAAAAAGCAAAUGGAACGCUCAGACGCGGGCACAGAAGAAAAAGAACCCCAGAAACAGAAGAGCACCCUUAAAAAUGAAAAGCAUCUAAAGAAAGAUGAUUCCGAAACAGCGCAUGUGAAAAACCUCCCUAAGAAAGAGAUGAAAUCUUCCAAGGAAAAGGCUGAAAAAGAAAAAACUGUGUCAGAAGACAAGUUGUCUACAAAACAUAAACAUAAAGGGGACAGUGUGCAUAAAACAGGUGAUGAGACGGAGCUUCAUUCUUCCGAGAAAGGGUUAAAAGUAGAUGAAAGUGUUCAAAAGCAAAGUCAACAAAUGAAGCCUUCUUCGGAUGAUAAAGCCGAACGAAAAAGUAAACAUAGGAAUGAAAGGAAGUUAUCCAUUUUAGGCAGAGAUGGAAAGCCAGUUUCUGAAUAUAUUAUAAAAACAGAUGAGAAUGUUCGUAAAGAAAACAAAAAAGAGAGACACCUCUCAACCGACAAAACUAAGGCAGAGCACAAAUCAAGAAGAUCGAGUGAUUCUAAAAUUCAGAAAGAUUCUCUGAGUUCCAAGCAACAUGGAACCACAUUACAGAGAAGAAGUGAAAGUUAUUCCGAGGAUAAAUGUGAUACAGAUUCAACUAAUUUGGACAGUAAUUCAAAACCAGAAGAGGUUUGCCACAAGGAGAAGCGGAGAACAAAGAGCUUGUUAGAAGAGAAACUUGUGUCCAGGUCUAAGUCAAAAAGUCAAGGCAAACAGUCAAAAGUCACUGAAACAGAAUUACAAGAGGGUGUCGCAAAACAGACAACCACUUCAAAACCAGAUAAGGAGAAGAACUCAGAAGAAAAUGACCCAGAUAGACAACGAAAGUCUAAAGCUGAGGACAAAUCUUCCGAGGAAGGUGGUGCUGAACCUGCAUUAGAGAGUGUAGCACCUUCUGCCCACAGUGCCCAGAAGGACUCUGGUCACAGAGCCAAGCUGCUGUCAGCAAAGGAUAGAUGUAAGAGUGAGAAGGAGUCAAGCUCCUCUAGACUGGAGAGAAAAUUAUCAGAUGGGCACAAAAGCAGAAGCUCAAAGCAUAGUAAUAAGGAGGUGAAAAAGAAGGAAGAUAACAAAUCAGAUGAUAAGGAUGGUAAAGAAGUUGACAGCAAUCAUGAAAGGGCCAGAGGCAAUGGUCCAGUGACUGAAAAGAAAUUAAGCAGAAGGUCGUGUGAAAAUCGGAAAGGAAGUACAUCCCAAGAAAUGACCAAAGGAGAAGAUAAAUCAGCAGCAAACACUUCGAGCUCUCUCAGUAGUUCCUCCCUUCAGAGACCAAAAAGAGGUGGUGACACCACACUGACCCCUGAACAAGAGCCAAUGGAAACUGAUUCUGAAGCUGCUGUGGAAAAUGUACCGGAAGUUUCGAAAAUCCAUGAGAGCAGCAGUAAUAGUUCUCAGCAAGAUGCUGACUCUGAAAACGUGAUGAAGCAGAAGGCGACAGGCAUGGUUCUAAAGGAUGAAGGAAGAACUUCCACCAUAGAUGCAAAAACAGCCGCUCCAGCCUGUAAAUCAGGGCGUGGAGCAGGGGCUGCUGGUAAUUCUGAAAAGCACGCUGACCAUAAAAGCACCAUGACCAAGAAAGUGCAUAUCCAAAGUGCUGCAUCCAAACCAAACCCCAGGGAGAAAACACCAAGUCAACAAGGAACUCAGGACUCGAAUGCAGAGUCUGAAGCUGGUCAUAAAGUGUUGCCUGGUGCUCCAUCAGAAAAUGAGAAGGCACAAAAGAACUUGAAACAUACAAGACCCGCCGAAGAGCGUGUUGCUCAAGGAGACACUGUUGAACAUUCCACGAAUGUAGACCCCUCACCAUCCUUAAGUUCGGUGCCUGUUGUGCCUCAGAAACCAUCUCAUGAUGCAGACGUAAUUCCUGUAGUUGACAGGAGAAAUGUUUCAGAAGGUGGCACAGGCGGCACCUGCCUGGGGGACCACUCCGACCUCCCUAACCAAAAUUUGACUGUUAAGGAAUCCGAAGUCCCCAGGACGAGUCACAGCAAAGAAGGUGGUGCAAUUUCCACAGCAGAUAGGCCAGCAAAAGCAAGCCUCACUAGCAAAAGAAACAUUCCGGAAGGUUCCCAGGCCACCAUACUGCACAGUAAACAAGGGAAAGGAAGCAUGCCUCUUGAUAGCAAGUUAACAGACACAGCUGUAGGAAGUGAGAAUGUUAAAGAAGGUGACAUAAGUAGAGAGCUCACUUCAGAGCAGACAGUUAGAGCUGCAAUCGCAAAUGGCCAAAAGGACGGCAUCGCUGUGGACUGCACUGUAGGCAUGAGCACCAAGGAAGAUGCUAAAACCGUUGAACUUGAGCACAGUAGAGGCUCGGGUGAAGUAGUGCGUGUGUCCGCUGAUGGUGAAAGAAGGAGGGAAAACAGUGAGGUAGACACCAGUGCCGGAGGUGACUCUGCCGCCUCUGUCUCACGCCAAAGGGACAGAAAAACUGAGAAUGUGACAACGGGGUCUGGCAGAGCAGAGAAGACUUCUCUGGCCACUAGUACGGAAGGGAAGGACAGAGGCCUUGCCUUGAACCCAGUCAAAGCUGGGGACGCUACCACCACUUCCUCGGAAAGGGGAGAGGAGGAGGUGGCCGUGCCUUGCACGAGCAUUGAAGCAGACGAAGGCCUCACGGGGGGCUCCAGAAACAAUGCUCUCCCCUCGGGGGCGGAAGCUGGGCGGUGCACUGUGUUGGCCGCAGCAGAGGAAGGUGGGGGUGUGGUCACAGAGGGCCUGGCGGAAAGGGAAACCUUCCUCACCAGCACCAAGGAGGGAGAAAGUGGGGAGUGUGCUCUGGCUGGAUCUGAAGAGCAAGCGGCAGACCCGGUGACUGCUCAGGCAGUCGCCGUUGAAGACAGUGUCAAUAGUGCUGUGACAGAGGAGAAGGAUGAUGCUGUGACCAGUGCUGGCUCUGAAGGGAAGUGUGACGGUUCUUCCAGCAGAGACUCAGAAAGACUCAGGGGAGCUGUCGCUUUCACCGGGGAAGGCGAGAGUGAUGGAGCCGUAACAAGCGCGGGGACAGAAAUGCGAGAGGAGUCGUUAAGCAGUGGAGAGGCAGACAGGUUCCAGAGAAGUAUGACGAGGAUGGGCCCCCAAAAGGAACCCGAGGGGACUGUGACAUGUACAGGAGCAGAAAGGGGAAGCGGAAGCUUUGCGAUGUGCCCAGUCACGGGUGCAGGGCCACAGGAGGAGCGUAUGGUUACAGGGGCAGCUGUUGCCCUGGUGGACAAUGACCCUCCACCAGGAGCUAAUGCCACCCAGGACGGAGAUGGCUCUGGGAAUGACGGCACAGAGGGGGAGAGUGCCGUCACCAGCACCGGGAUCACGGAGGAAGAUGCAGAGGGGCCGGCAAGUUGCACAGGUUUGGAAGAGAGCAGCGAAGGCCUGGCAAUAAGUUCUGAGUCCGAAGAAACCGGACAGAGUGCUAUGGACAGCACAGGAGCCAAGGAGGUCGCCAGCGUACCAGUGGUCGCUGCUGGCCCCUGUGAUGACGAAGGCAUCGUCACCAGCACGGGCGCCAAGGAGGAGGAUGACGAAGGUGAGGGUGUUGUGACUAGUACUGGAAGAGGGAACGAGGUCGGGCCCGCCUCGGCCUGCACGGGGACAGAAGCAGAAAGCGAGGAGGCGCCCGUGUGUGAGAGUGCAGGAGGAGGCGGCGGUGGCAUUGGGACAGCAGCCGGCCACGGGCCUGCCGAGGCUGGGGCUGCGGCCGGAAGUGCGCAGGAGGGCAGCGUCCACAGUGUGAGCGGCGCCGAGAAGGAGAUGAAAGAUGCAGAGAUCUGCUCCAGCGCCAAGGCGAUCGUGGAAAGCAGCGUGACCAGCGCGGCUGCGAGGGCAGACGGAGCAGCGGCACCAGAGCCCGAAGCUUGCGAGGGGCCCAUGACCAGCGCAGCUUCGGGCCAACGCGACAGUCAGCUGGCCGGCGAAGGCAGAGCCGGAGACGCCGUUAUUUCCACUGGUCUGGUGGGGGGCAGUUGCGAGGAACUGGUGUCUGGCGCCGUGGCAGAGUACGGGGUGCCCCGCACGUCGCCGAGCGAGAAGGAAGACGAGGGGGUCAUCACCUCUGUGGAAAAUGAGGAGUGCGACGGCCUCGCGGCGACCACGGCCAGCAACGGCGUCACCCGCCAGACCGGUGUUCCUGGGGGCCAGAGUCAAGGCACGGGCCUGGUGAUUUCCACCAGCAGCACCCACGGUUACACUUCACAGUUCAGCACCAUUCGGGACGUGGGAGGCCCCUCCAGUGCCCUGAGAACCGAAGAAAACGCGGAGGGCCCCAGAGUGAACGCGGACGAGUUCGAGGCCCCCAUGCCCAGUGCGGGUUCGGGGGAGGAGGGCCAGCUCCCCGCGGCGAGAAGCAAGGAGAAAGACGAGUGCGCCAUGAUCUCCACAAGCCUCGGGGAGGAGUGCGAGGUGCCCGUCUCCAGCGCCACGACCACCCUGUGUGCCGGCGGCCCGCAGCCCGUGGCAACGGCGGAAGGGAGAGCCAAGGGCCCCGUCUUGGUCGGCACUGACGACUUCGAGGUGCCUAUGCCCAGCGCACCCAGGGAAGUGGAAAGCCCCCGUGCCUCGACCAGCAAGGAGGACAAGGAUGAGUGCGCGCUCAUUUCCACCAGCAUAGCGGAGGAGUGUGAGGCCUCCAUUUCCCCGGGAGCUGCGGGGGGUGCGCGCGAGCGGUCUGGCACAGCCGUGGAGGAGAAAGACGGGAGUGGCGUCAUCUCCACAAGCUCGGUGGAGGACUGUGAGGGCCCGGUGUCCAGCGCCGUCCCUCGGGAGGAAGUCCGUCCCGCGGCCACCCCCGCGGAAGAGAUCAGCGACACCACCGUGAUUUCCACGAGCACCUCGGAAGGACGGGAAGCGGCCAUGAGUGGUGCCGUCCCCCGGGAUGAAGAGCGGCCCGCGGGUGCGCAGAUGGAGGAUUUGAGUGACGCCGCCAUCAUCUCCACCAGCACGGCUGAGUGUGCGCUGGCUGUCGCUGGCCCGGACAGGCACGAAGAGAACCCGCUGACUGCUAGCAACCCAGAAGGAGGAGAUGACCUGUCAGCCGCGAAGGUGAGCAAGUCUGAGGCCCCCAUGCCCAGCCUCAUUGCCGAGAACAGCUGUCAGUGCCCUGGGCCACUCCCAGAAGGCAGAGACAUGAGCCCUGGGGAAGGGCACAUCAGGGCGCCAGCCAACGUGCUCUCUGCAGAGGGAGGCCCGCCGCAGGAGGAGGAGAGUGUGUCCUUGAGCUCCCUUCGGAGCCUGGAUAAAAGCCCUGCGGCAGGGAUGGCUGGAGACGGCCCCAAAGCACCCUGUUCAGCAGGGAGGGACUUGGAGAAGGGAGCUGGCUCGCCUGUCGGCCUGGGAAGACCAGAGCAAACGUCGACAGCUGAGGACUCCAUCAGCAUUCGCUCUUUGGCAGCAGUACAUACUGGUGCUAAACCGGCUGGUGACAUGCCACGUGUCAGACCCGCUGACACAGAGCAGCCCUCUCUCCCUCCCACCCAGCAGGAGCCUGAGGGUGACUUGAAAACCACCACCGAGAGUGUUCAUGGCCCAGAGUCAGAAGUCGCUCCUUGCCGCGCAGCCCUUCCAGCUGCCUGCCCUGUGGCUGUGUCGGCAGCAGAGUGUAAGCAGGACCUGACCGGGAAGAGUGAUCACCGUGGAUCGCGACGGGCCGUUCAGGCGGCGGCUGAGAAAACGGGAGAUGGCACGGUGAAACCCUUCCAGAAGGGAGGAGGCCUCACGGUCACUGUUUCUCCUGAAGAAAACGUGGGUGACCCAGGCCACGAAGACUCUCCAUCGAAUGUUUCGGGAGGAUUGGACUUGAAAGCCAACUUGAAAACUGAGACAUUUCUACAGGCAGAAGAAGAGAAGAGUCAUGAAAUUCCAGCACCAUCAGAGCGUCCACGUGGGAGAAAGCUGACUGGGACAACUGCACUGCAGAGCCAGCCUUUGGUGUCGAACGAACCACUGAGGGUCGAAAACACAGGCUCAAGAACAAAAGAAGAAAUUCACAGCAAGUGUCAUAACAAAGAAGGCAUAUCCAGUGGUAGCAAAGACAACACAGAAGCCGUAAGAGGUCACAGUGUUGAAGCAAAUUCUAAAGAGGUGGAAGAGAAGGAAAGGCCUACACCUAAGAGAAAAAGAAAGAAGCAUUGCCCCUCUUCAGAAGAUGAACUGGAUGAUAAUUCAGAUGCCCUGGAUCCCAAAGUAGAAGCAGCACAGAAGCAACAUUCUGAAACUGAGCCACGGGACACAAAGGAAGAGAGCUCUCGGGAUUUGGGAGAACGGUCUAAAACAAGUCCUAAGGCAAGCGGCACUGCUUCACGAGCCAUGGAGGAGAGAGAUGAGUACAGCAGCAGCGAAGCUGCUGGCGAAAAGACAGAGCACAAUGACGACGACAACGCAAAAUCGCAGGAGGAAGAUCAGCCAGUAAUUGUUAAAAGGAAAAGAGGAAGACCUCGUAAACACCCUGUAGAAACAACAUUGAAAACAAAAGAAGACUGCAAAACAGAUACUGGCACUGGCACUGUAGAACAGUCUCCACCUGGCGGCAAAGUGAAAGGAAUGCAAACAGAUGAGGCCAAUAAGGAGACCGGGGCCCUGCAAGAGAGAAGCGCAAGCAAUGACGACGGUGAGGAGAAGACGGUGGCGAGCGGGCGCCGCAGGGGAAGGAAGCCCAAGCGCUCGCUCACUUCGUCCGACGACGCUGGUACGUCCCGAGCAGAAUCCUCAGAACCAGAAAGAAAACGCCAGAAGUCCAUUUCUGAAGCAGCCGAGGACAAGAAAGACCAGGAGUCAGAGGAGGAGGAGGAAGAGGAGGAAGAGGAGGAGCCCUCCGGAGCCACCACCAGGUCUGCUGCCAGAUCCGAGGCUCAGAGGUCAAAGGCGCAGCAGUCCCCUCCCACCAAACGCAAGAGGGAGGCCAGCCCCCCGGGGGCCCGCACGCGGGGCCAGCAGCAGCGGGCGGAGGAGGCCCCCGGGAAGAAGGCGAAGCGGUAAUCCCGAGCGGACGCGUGGACGCGUGGCGGAGACGGAGGAAGCUCCAGCCUCGGGCGCGGGCGUUUUUGUUGUAACGGGGAAAGGACUGCAUGUGCUCCCAGUUCCUAGGUUCAGGCUUGUUCUGUUCUGUUUUCAGUGGCUUUAUAAACUGUUGUCCAUAGAAGAUAGACACUAUGUACAUUUAUUUCAGAUAAAGGAAAAUAAGUUUACUUUGUAUCAACUCAAAGCAAAGUAGUUGUAUAUUUUAACAUUGGACAUUGGGAUUUCCCGAUGGGGCACAUCGCGGCCGCAAACCCGUCAGCCCAUCCGACACCAGGCUGCCUCCCGGCCAUCUGUGUACAGUAUAUAAACAUGUAAAAAUAGGUUGUAUUUUACUCUGUGUAUGAUGCUAAUCAAUGAACACUUUAUUUAUUUUACAGAGAAAACUUAUCUGUGAACUUUACUAUAUAUCUGUUUAUUUUAUUUUAUUAUUUUUUUAAUUACAAAAAAGGAUUUUAAAUGCUAUGCAGUCACUAGUAGCAGUGUUUUAGGACUGCCCGCCUGUACCCAUGAAUCUGAUCGGGCAGGAGAUGCAGAGCCUUCUCGCAUGUGUCCAAGUGAAGUAGUUUAGCUCAAGGGGCUCCAUGGCCUUUCUGUUCACAGGUGUGACUUUUUUUAGGAAUGUCACAUGUUUUUAAAUUAUACUCUCAUCUGUGACUUCAACUACCAGCCCCACUGGUGAAAGAGGCUCCGGUUCAGGUCAAGUUACGUUUGUCACCUGCUGCAGAAACGCCCUCCCCGCCCCUGACCCCGCCCCG